AACGGUUCAGACUGGAGCUUUGCAAGAUGGAUUCACCAGUGCUCUCUGUGUAAAUUAUAUUCUGACAUGGUAAAUAAUUAACCAGUAGGAUUAGUAGAGUCAGAGAACACCAACAGUCAUGCUUGCAUGCUGCUGAUUUUAUCAUUGACUGUUCAAAAUACCAGCAGUGUGGAGUUUAAGUAGGUAAAAACAGCAGGUAACAGUAGGUAAAUGGGUGUUUGGUAGAUUAUCUCUGUUGUAAAAAUGAUUCCUGUUAAUAAACCCUACAACACAGUAAAGCCUCUUUAGAAUGGAGCCACAUUAGUGAGGAACAUGCAUGUGUGGGAUGAGCAGCAGAGCUGAGUUUGUGGGUCAGUCCAUGAAAAAUGGACUAAAUCUUCUCUGCCAACACCAAACAGCUGAUUCUGCUGCUGACUCUUGUUUUGGGUUUCUGGUUCCUCCAGGUGCUGACAUUCAGGUGCCUGAUUGGUUCCUGUUACGUUCAGCGAUGAUUCAGUUCAAACCAACAACUUUAUUAAUCCCUCCACUGGUUCAGAGCAGCUUUACAUGAAAACAGAGAAACAACAACAUGUAAGCUAAAACACAGAGUGGUGAGGAGCCAGGCUGAUGUGGCUGUGUAUGGUUCUUACUGAGCCGUCCUGCUGUUGAAUGAACAAACCGUCUGAUUGACCAAAUGUCUUGUUUUUUCAGACUUCAAUCAUCCAGUCCACCAAACAAGAGUCAAUGGAGAAUGGUGUAGGAUGUAGUGAUAAGAAUCAUUGUUACAACAAAGAAAAUAAUCUACUGAUUCAAAAUAAAUGUGUAUCAGCACUUUUCUUUCAGUUCAUGAUGGCCAAAAAUGUCCUUAAUCUUUGUUUAGUUAGCACAUUCAUGUGCAAGAGUUACAACCCUCCGUUUGUUAAAACGUUUGUAUUAGUUUAGUUUAGUCUGUUUCUAUCUAAAGUAGUAGGUGACUAAUAAUGAACGGUUUCGGUGAUUGUAAAAGCGUUUUAAGUUUUUUAAAGCCGUCUUUUAUCAAGUUAUACCAGAGUUACUGCGAUCGUCAGCUGUCCACCAGCAGGGGGAGCUGUGAGCUCUGUGCGACAGCACUUUACUUCCGGUCCAGCGACAUGAAGAGAUUGUAGCUUCCGGUAGUAUCGGCGCCGAACAGAACAGACGCUCAGGGUGAUGGGGCCAGACGGGGCCCCGGGGUCAGCGGUGCCCUGGAGGAAGGUUCUGUGGGAGCGCCAACCGUUCCCUGACAACUACGUGGACCGGCGUUUCCUGGAGGAGUUACGGAGGAACGAGGGGAUCAGACAGUACCGAUACUGGGCCGUGGUGAAGGAGGCCGGCUUUGUGGGACAGCAGCUGUCCUGUGUGGCCAUUUUUAUCUCGCUGUGGCUCUACAUGGAGCAGGGUCUCCUGCCUCCUGAGACGCUCCUGUGGAGCAGCCUACUCUGCGCUCUGAUUGGUUAUGGACUCUACCAAUCCCUGACGUCCCCACUGGAGUCGGGCUGUAAGACCCGAACUCGUCUGGCUGAUCUUCAGAGCGCCGCCAUCUUUCUCUCCUUCACAUUUGGCUUCUCUCCGGUUCUGAAGACGCUCACAGAGUCGGUGAGCACGGACACCGUGUACGCCAUGUCUGCCGUGAUGCUGCUCGCCCACCUGGUGUCCUUCCCCUAUGCCCACCCCUCCCCCCCUGGCAGCCUGUCCCUGAACGCUGCCCUGUUCGCCUCGGUGUGUUUGGCCUCCAGGUUACCGGGAGCGUUGCAUACCUUCGCCAUGCUGAGCUGUGCCCUGGAGGUUUUUGCUCUUUGGCCAUGUCUGCUGCAGAGACUUCGAGAGAAAAAACCCGCUCACUUCACAGCUGUCUGUGUGGGCGUCUGUGUCGGAGGGGUGGGCAGUCUGGGCUCUCAGUCACCAGGGGGCGCUGUGCUCUUAGCCUUGGCCUUAGGGAGUGUGACUCUGCUCUGCCCCCUGCUGUUAGUGCGUCUGCAAAGACACAAAGACAACAUUCAGGGUCCAUGGGACGAGGCCGAGAUCCAUGAGGACCUCGGUCUGCUGCACUGACCCACAGAGACACAAAGACAACAUUCAGGGUCCAUGGGACGAGGCCGAGAUCCACGAGGACCUCGGUCUGCUGCUCUGACCCACAGAGACACAAAGACAACAUUCAGGGUCCAUGGGACGAGGCCAAGAUCCAUGAGGACCUCGGUCUGCUGCACUGACCCACAGAGACACAAAGACAACAUUCAGGGUCCAUGGGACGAGGCCGAGAUCCACGAGGACCUCGGUCUGCUGCUCUGACCCACAGAUCGGGGGACCCAGGGUUAAACUGACCAAGGAUUUUAAACAAACUCAUACACUGACAUGUUUACUGAAGCACUCAAAUGAAUGUGGAUGCAUCUGUUUGGACAACAACGGCGCCUCAUUACUCCCCCACUUAGGCCACAGCGAUCUUUUAAUGCUCCUCUCAUCAGUGCAGACCUCACAGCAUGUCCCAUCAGAUCUCACAUCACAUGGUGCAGCAUCCAUGAAUUGAUUAAUCCUCUUCUCUGUAAAUUUCAGUAACAGAAGCUACGAUGCUCUGUGCUUUGAUUCAGAAUGUGAAGAAAAGGAGAUGUAGAGCUUUGACAAGGAUUUGAUGGCAAUAAGCUGAAUUUUUUACCCCAGAACGCAACAGUUCAGUCACAGAUGCAGAUAUCAUUAGAGCACCACUAUCUCCACUCUGUAAACCAAGCUACAAAGCUCUGUGAGAGAGGAAAGGGAAAGAAAAUCAAGAUAAUCCUCUGGUAAGACUCUCUUUGUCCAGGUGAGGAGGAGGAAAGCUGCACCAGAGCACCAGAUAAAAACGGCACACAGGCUGUCAGGACACUUCAGCAGAAAUCAGUGAAAUCCAGCUGACUUUGCCACUGAGGAUUUCUUACUUCACAAGUUUCUGGGACUAAAUUAUAUUGACCAGGGUCACAGGCACUAUCAUGGGCGUAGCACAGGGGGGGAAAGGGUACUGAUUACCCGGGCCCUCAGGGGCCCUGAAGAAGCCUGUAGUACAGGGAUGUUGAACUUUAUCACAGCAGGGGCUGAAUUAACUGUCAACCUAAUUUUUACCAGCAAUGAAUCAUGGGAGAAAAAAAGCCUUAGCACUGAUGAUAAAUGAUUUUGAGAUUUAAAACAGUGAAAAUGGUGAGCUUAAAGGCUCAAAAUCUGAGAUAAAAAUUCAAACUUUAAAGGCAUUUAAAGUCAAAAUCAUGU